UUCUACUUGUCCUGUGAUUGAAUCAUUUUUAAUUUGCAAUUCAACCAAUACAAGUCGAGUGUUUAAGAAAUACUAAGUGUAUUGUGGUGUGCUUCGAGUUUUGAGUUAACAAAAGGGUAAGCAGAUUGACAUUCAGGGACGACCUCUGUGACCAUACAAUAACCGUGCAAUAAAAGCAGAAGAAAAACAGAUCUGUGCUUUUGAAAAAGAAAAUUCUACUAAGCCAUGGCGAGCUCUGGAUCUGCAUGUUCACCCACAGCGGACUGCAGGAUGGAAGCAGAGUUUGCUGCCCCGGCACAAGUGGAGGCAGCGGGCAGGCAGAUGGCAGAGUUUGCCCGGCAUCACUGCUCAGAAGGGCGGAGGGUGGUCCUGGUCACCUCAGGAGGCACCAAAGUCCCCCUGGAGUCCAGGACUGUUCGUUUUUUGGAUAAUUUCAGUAGCGGGCGGCGAGGUGCUUCGUCAGCUGAGUAUUUCUUGGACUCAGGCUACGCUGUGAUCUUCCUGCACCGCCACCACUCCCUCUACCCGUACUCCCGGAAGUACGCUGGGGUGAACCUGCUUGACACUCUGAGGGCCUCCCUGGAGCAGGGGCCUGGGUGCAUCUCUCACAGGGUGGAGGUGGACCAGAGCAAGCUGCCUCACAUCGUCUCUGUCCUGCAGCGCUAUCAGGCUGUGAAGGAAGCACGGCUCUUGCUGGCAGUGGAGUUCAAUACGCUCUCGGAGUACCUACAUCUGCUCAAGGCAGCUGCACAGGCUCUCAGCCCAGUAGGGUCCAAUGCCAUGUUUUACCUGGCUGCUGCUGUUUCCGAUUUCUACAUUCCUGCUUCGGAAAUGCCUGAACACAAGAUCCAGUCAUCCAAUGGGCCUUUGCAGAUCACUAUGAAGAUGGUUCCAAAGAUACUGUCCCCCUUGGUGAAGGACUGGGCACCCAGGGCGUUUGUGAUCUCCUUUAAGCUGGAGACUGACCCUUCCAUCCUGGUGGGGCGCGCCCGCAGAGCGCUGGACUUGUACCGGCACCAGGCUGUGGUAGCCAACGUGCUGGACACACGGCGGGGCUACGUGGUGAUCGUGACCCGGGACACACAGACUGAGCUGCUGCUGUCUGACGAGGAGGAGCAGAGGGAGGUGGAGAUCGAGGAGAAGAUAGUCAGCAACCUGUCCACAGCUCAUACCAACUUCAUAGAGGAGCAGGGCUAAAGAUAUCGGCCUUUUGGGGAAUAGGGGGUUUAACACGAGACAUUUCUCCAAUACUAAAAAAAGGCAUGCAAAUGUUUCAACAAAGGGUCGUUUUCAGUGUCAGGAUGUCUUUAGAACUUAAUGAAGGCUCUUGUUGGAACAGUUGAGUGAGUUUUAGUGUUAAAAUGGGAUUCACCUCUUCAGGAUGUGUUACACCAGAGCUGUCCAGUCUUUUUGGCUGAAAGAGCCAUGCCAACGGUUUAAACAUAAAACAAAAUGUAAAUGUGUCAGACACGCAUUAAGGAGUAGUUUGCUAAAUCUUAUAACCUUACUGAGAGUUUCAAAGAAAUUGAAAAAAACAAAACAAACAAAGCCCUAUUGGCAAACUUUCAUUAGCAGACCUUAAAUUGCACACUUCAUCUGUAAGUCACUGCUGUUAUUGGGAAAUUACCCCCAUCCAAUCCCAUCCCAGACUAAACAUUUUGAUCAUGUGAACAGUCAUUUUCAUAUCAGUGUGAACUGUAGAGGAUGGAUACUCUGUUAGGUUCUUUAUAGAUUUGUUUUCUCAUUAGAAUAAAAAAUCUGAAUUUGUAAAA